AUGGCUAGACGAACCCGUACGCCUCCAUCGUCCCCCCCGGCGCCGCCGACUAAGCGUACGCGCACAAAACCCGUCGCUCAGGUCGAACUCGACUCGGACGGCGAGAUUGUUGGCGCGGAGUCUCCGUCAUCCCCAUCCGCGUCGCCCGCGGCGGAGAACGCUGAAGCCCAAGCGGACGCUGGCGGGCCCACCGACGACGACGCAAGCGAAUUCGUGGUCGAGGACAGUGAUGAAGAGAUGGAUGAGAUGCAGGAAAUGUUGGAGGAGGUGCUGGAGAAAAGGAAGAAGAAGGCGACCGGAAAGGGAAAGGGAAAGGGUAAAGCAGCCGCACCAUCUGCGUCUAUCCCGCGCCCUCAACCAAAGCGUAAAGGUCGUCGCGCACCAACAUCCCCUCCCGCACCGCCAUCGUCCAGCUCUUCGCCUCCGCCCAUCCUGGAGACGCCCUCCCCUCCUUCCUCACCCAUUCAACCCGCUAGAGCGUCAACGCCUGCGGCACAACGUGCUGGCCCCAGUAAAGCGUCAGCAUCCGCGCCCGCCAACGCCUCUACAACAAGCUCUGCGCAGCCAGGCCGUCAUCAGGGCGAGUCGGGCAAUACGCCGCAGUCGAAGGAAUCGACGUCAAGAGCCGCUCCCCCGCCGGCCCCUCCGCCGAAGGCACAAAGCAGCGGUGCCUCCGCCGCGCCUCCGCCGAAAGCUACUCCCGCCGCACCUCCGCCAGAUGCUACUCCCGCAGCGUCCUCCGCUCAGCCUCCGCCACCGUCUACCUCCGCCGCGCCGCCGCCGAAGUUCCCUCCGCCGAAGAAUCCAGGCAAGGCACCCCCGCGUGUACCUAUCGAUUUGAACACCCUUGCGUACGGCCAUAUCGGCGAGGUCCCUGUCGAUCCUCUUGCGCCAGAGGACUGGCACAACUCGCAAGAAUCGUAUCGCCAGUGGCUCGAGCGCUUGGCGGAGAGGGCGUUGCAGGAGCCGUAUGUGCCGACCGCCAACGGCUAUCUCAGUCCAUCGGUCGGGCUGGACCUCGCCCUCGAACGUGAUCGUCAGGCCCGAGAUGCCUCAAACCUCCUGCAGCUUGCGCAACUCACUGCGCGCGCCCAACAGCGCACGCAAGGCUUCGCCCAUCUGCGAAGCCUGACGCAGAACGUUCUUUGCACGCCCUUCGCUCGCACGGCCCUACGCGUUCAGAACCUGGAUGGAUCAAUUCGAUCCAAUCGCGAGGCAUACGAACGCGGUGCGUUCGCGGCAUACAAGAACGCCAGGUCCGACGCUGGGCCAUCUGGCGAUAUGUAG